CGCCCGGCUCAGUGCUGCGGUCGCCGCCUCCCGCAGGCUUCCCUCGGGUCCGCUACGCCCCCCCGCAGGCUUCUCUCGGGUCCGAACCCAGCUGUGGGAAAACACCGGGGAUCCAGCAUGUCUGCCGAUGUCUGGGUGGGAGCAUGGAGACCCCACCGGCCCAAAGGGCCCAUUGCUGCUCUCUACAGCAGUCCCGGGCCCAAGUACGGGCUCCCCACAAACGUAGGUUACCCUCUUCAUGACCCCUCCCGCUACCGAGCCCCCGCGUACAGCUUCGGCAUCCGCCGCCUCUGUCUGCAGGAUGAGUGCUCCCCGGGACCCAAGUACAUGGUGCCAGCCAAGAUGACCAUGAAGGGCAAAGAUGGUAACCCUGCCUACUCCAUCUAUGGCCGUCCCAGGGACCUGAUGCCCUUCCUGACUCCCGGGCCAGGUCGAUAUUCUCCAGAGAAGGCAGGGAAAUGGACCUAUCGCUCCGCGCCCAUCUAUUCGCUCGCCUCGCGCACGAAGGAGUUUGCGAAUGACCAGACUCCAGGGCCUGCCGCCUACGGGCUCCCCCCAAUGAUUGGGCCCAAGGUCGUCGGCAAGAGCUCUGCCCCAAACUAUUCCCUCCUGGGGCGCAGUUUGGUUGGCAGCUUCUAUGAGGACCUGAGCAAGACGCCAGGGCCCUGUAACUACCGUGUGGUGGAACCCAGCGUGUACAAGACCCGGGCCCCCCAGUACAGCAUGCUUGCCCGCAACAUGCUCCCUGGAGACAACACGCAGAAACCAGGGCCCGGGGCACACAGCCCGGAGAAGUACGUCCAGCAGCGUGGCCAGACCUUUGGGAUCCGCCACUCCGACUACCUGGCGCCCCUCAUCGUGGACGUGUUGGAUUAAGCGAACGCGGUCGGAGAAGCAGAGGGAGCGACUGGUCGCGGGCGUUAGAGAGAGGGACGGACUGGACAAGAAUUUUGCAUUUGAAAAUCUUUGCUGACUUAAUACUCUGUCCAGUCGCCUUCGGCAAGUCAGCCUCCAGCUCCUCAGGCCCUGGGAGACCCGGGGAGCUUGGGCCUGGCACUUUUGGGCCAUUUGGCAGCAGCCAGACAGUGGAACCGGAGCAGGCUGUCAUGUGAGUGUGAGCUCCAGCGGGUGUGUGGAAAGGGGGUGAGGCGAGGUCAGGCUGGCUGCAGUGCACCCGACAGACCAGGCUCUCUUGCACUAGCCCCAGUAGCUCGGGGCCCCCCUCACAUUCUGACUUUCACUCCUGAGGGGGAUCCGUUCACAGCAGCAGACACUGGGGAGGCCAACGCGCCCACGCUGUCAUCUCUGUGUGCCUCUUCGGUGCCGAGGACGGAGCUAGUCCUUGGAGCAUGGCUAGGAGACCUAAUGCAGCAACUGGCUCCCACGCAAUGCAGCCCAGCCCACCAAUGCCCUUUCCCCUUGGCUUCCCUCCUGGGCCGCUGGUGAACAACUGCUGGAUCCUUGCCCAGCGCUUUCUGCCAGCCAGUGAGGAGGUGGAAGGGUCUUGUUUUGACUGCUCUGUGCCCUGAGGUUUCCCCGUCAGCUCCUGGGAUUGUGUCUCUCUCUGAGCACAGGCCGCUGCCACUAUCAGCUACAGGCUAUUGUCCAGGGCUUUGUCUAGCCUAGCAGUAAGCUUCCCACCCAUCCCCUGGCUGGCCAGUUCCCUCUUCCCACCCAUCUCUCUUCCAGGGCAUCUUCCCAGACCCUCGACCUUUGUGCAGUUUGAGCCCACUCCUCCAUAUCACCCUCCCCCUUUAUCAUGCUGAUUCCUCUCCCUGUUCUCCUGCUGCCCCUUGGUUAUCCCUUAGCCAGCCUCGGCAGGGUUAGUGCUUUCAGCUUCCCCACCCCACAACUCAGUGGCCCCUGGCCCUCAGCAGUGUAUCUGCUCUUAUCUGAGUUCCUGCCACUGUGUUCACAUCUUUUUGGCGCUCAGAUCCCUGGAGCUGAGCACAAGCUGGGCUCUCCCUGGAGCUGCGCAGAGAGGGCCCCUGCCUGCAUUUGGAUGAGAGGCCCAGAGCUGAGCGUCUCCCAGGUUGCGAGCCGUGUUUGCAACUCCCUGUCCCGUUCUGAUUUCCAUGUUCUGAACCUUUUCUGUCUUCCUUGUGUCGGGACGGAUCCCACUGCAAUGUGCUGCACGGUCUGUGCUCAUGCUGAGGUCACUCAGGAUAGAACUUGGAUCCUCCUGCUCCAAAAACACAGACUGCACCCACGUGAGCUACAGGAGAAUCACCCCUUAGCUGUCCCUGUAAUGGGCUCACCACACGCUAUUGUGCAAUUCUGAUUCUGUCCAGUAGAGGGCAGUGCUCUCGCCAUCAUUCUCUGUGUCACACACUAGUUAGUUCAUUACAGACACUAUAUAUUUAUACCCAGAUGUGGUUAUAAUAACCACAUCCCCACCUCUGCAGGGAAGCUGAAUGCAAAAACGAGCUCCAGGCGAGGCACAAACCACCUUAGGGGGUUCUGGAGAGGCAGAACCUGCUCUAGCUCACAGAGCAGUGGGGUUACCUAGGCCCAGAUGCUAGAGAACAGACAGCUCGGUCUGGAGUGGGAAGUUACAAAUAUUCCAUGAGAGCAGACUCCCACUCCUUCCCUGGGAGACAAUUCACCAGCCACAUAGAUCAUAAACAUUAAGACCAGAAGAGACCCAGCCUCAUGCAAUUGUUUCUGCCUCACGCUCAGAUCUCCUGAUUGAGCUGAUGCAUAUCCUUUAGAAAGGCAUCCAGGUUUGACUCACUGCGUCCCUAGGUCAGAUUUUCCAAUGGUUAAUUACCCUCACUGUGAAAACAUGGCAGCUUAUUUCUAGUCUGAAUCUGUCUGCCUUCAGGUUCCUCGUUCUGCCAGCUUAAAUAACUGUUGACAGCCAGAAAUGUCAUCCCCUUCGGGGUAAUUGUAGAUCACGGUCAAGUCCCCUCUUAACCUACCCUUGGAUAAACUAAAGCGGACACGUUUCCUUAGUCUCUCACUAUAAGCCAGAAUGUCCAGAGCUGAGAUCC